AUGGAGACAAUUAUAAUUAUUAGUUCAGAUGAUUCUUCAUCCAGUGACGACACAAAAGACUUAAGACGAAAUGGUGAUCGGGAGAAAAAACUCCAGCGCCCAGCUCCCCUAUUCCUGAACUUUGUAACGGAUCAGGUAGACAUUAUGGUGCAGUGGGGGGCGGGGGCAUGUUUAGAGGGAAACACUUCAUGGGACUCUAUAAAAGAUGUAUACGAAAGAAUGGUCAAGGACUCUGGGUGGAGCAGCGCGGAGAGUGAGAUGUUAAUCUUAACAUCGACAGCCAACGCUGAAACCGAGCCUGUAAAUCGAGGUCGGAGAUCUGAGACGUUGGAGAUACCUGAAGCAUCGACACCUGAAUCAUCGUCACCUGAGCGGUCUCCGCCUGGCUCAUCGCCACCUGGUCCAUCGACAACUGAGCCAUUGACGCACGGUCAUCAAAGACCUAGCACGAGCUAUGGCAAUCCACCUGCGCCCCCGAGCCCUUUAAUAGAUAACACGUCUUGUAGAUUAGCUUCUCACUUGGAAAGGCCUCGUAUAGAUAGGCUACGGACGGAUAGACCACGGACGGAUAGGCCUCGGAUGGACAGGCCUCGGAUAGAUAGACCAUAUAUUCCUGUAGACAGAACUAGACCACCUACUCCUAUAGACAGAACCAGACCAUCUAUUCCUACAGACAGAACCAGACCAUCUAUUCCUACAGACAGAACCAGACCGUCUAGACCGUCUAUCCACCCCGGUGGGUCCCAAAUUUACAGGCCGCCUGCCCAUUUAUUUAGGCCAGGAAUGAAUACACCAUGGGCCGCCCAUGGCUAUCACAGAAGCGUGGGUAGGCCACUUACUCAUGCUGAUAGGGCCCGGAUUUACAGGCCACCGGCUCAUUUAUUUAGGCCGCGAAUGGGCAGACCAUCUGCCUUACCAGGUAGAGCGCAGGUAGUCAGACCGCCCUCUUGCCCCAGUAGACCAUCCGACCAAUCAGGUAGGCCCCGGAUUAACACACCUAGUACAGCACCGGCCCAUCCAGUGACUAAUAGUACCCCUAGCAUGGGAAAUACCUUUCCGGCUCCUAAUAUAAAUUCUCCAAGUGGCAGCCAAUUUAAUUAUCUGCGAUUGAGUUUCAAUCCUCUGCCUUCUGCUGACCAGGGACCUAUUAUAAGACUCCCGAAUACAAACAUACCAGAAAUCAUUAGAAUAUAUCCCCAUCCGUGGCCCAGUAACGUCAGACCGUGUACCCAGGUUAGGCUAUGUACUUAUCCAGUAACAGCACCCGUCCACCAAGAAAGUACAGCUGGAUCAUCGUCUACACAACCGAGGCCUGGUCACACCUUGCUUAUCCGUCCGACGCCAAUUGAUGCAUCGUCGUCCGGGCAAACUAGGGCAACUCACGCUGAAACUAGGCCUCCUCGCACACAUUCUUCGUUUAGCAUAACAUCAUACCGUAUGGAUGGAGAAGUGGUGAUAAUAGACGACGACGAUAGUAUUAAAAUUAAAUCUGAAUAUAUAGAUGACGAUGUCAUAGAGGUGAAGGCAGAGAAUGAGAUCGCGGAUGAGGACGUGGACGUAGGGGAGGAAAUCCCCUCAGCGUAUAGCCGACCAAGACGUUCAAGGCCUGAAAAGAUUAUCGGUAAGGAAUAA